CCCUCGCGGCCAUGGGGCACCCGGCGCUGGAGUUCAGCGACUGCUACCUGGACAGCCCGGACUUCCGCGAGCGGCUCAAGUGCUACGAGCAGGAGCUGGAGCGCACCGCCAAGUUCCUCAAGGAGGUGAUCAAGGACGGGCUCGCCCUCAUCGGCGCCCUCAAGAAUUAUUCCUCGGCUGUACAGAGGUUUGCCCAGACGCUUCAGUCCUUCCAGUUUGACUUUAUCGGGGACACUCUGACUGAUGAUGAGAUUAAUAUCGCUGAAUCCUUUAAGGAAUUUGCAGAACUGCUGCAGGAAGUGGAGCUGGAGAGGUCGAUGAUGGUGCAAAAUGCUAGCGAUUUGUUGAUCAAACCCCUGGAAAACUUCCGUAAGGAGCAAAUUGGAUUCACCAAAGAGCGAAAGAAGAAAUUUGAGAAAGACGGUGAGAAAUUCUACUCCAUGUUGGAUCGCCAUCUGAAUCUGUCGUCUAAGAAGAAAGAAUCCCAGCUGCAAGAGGCGGACUUGCAGGUGGAUAAAGAACGGCACGUUUUCUUUGAAUCAUCACUGGAAUAUGUCUAUCAGAUCCAGGAAGUGCAGGAGAGCAAGAAAUUCAGCAGCCUGUAAGCAGUUUUGGCUUUUCUUCACAGCCUGUUCACCUACAACAACUUGACGGUGGAGCUGACACAGGACUUCCUUCCAUACAAACAGCAGCUUCAGCUCAGCUUGCAAAAUACCAGGAAUCACUUCACCAGCACACGGGAGGAGUUGGAAGACCUCAAGAAAAGAAUGAAGGAAGCGCCAUUGACCUGCAAGUUGCCCGGGAAGCCGACCAUCGAGGGAUAUCUGUAUUCCCAAGAAAAAUGGGCGCUGGGCAUCUCGUGGAUCAAGUACUACUGCCAGUUCAAGAAGGAGACGAAGAUGCUAAGAAUGACGCCUAUGGAGCAGAAGCCGGGGGCAAAGCAAGGCACUGCCCAGUUGACCCUGAAGUCUUGUGUAAGGAGGAAGACAGACUCCAUCGACAAAAGAUUUUGCUUUGACAUCGAGACAAUUGAAAGGCCUGGGCCCAUCACCUUGCAGGCUCCUUCGGAAGCCAACCGGCGGCUCUGGAUGGAGGCCAUGGAUGGCAAAGAGCCGAUCUACCACAGUCCCAUCUCAAAGCAGGAAGAGAUGGAACUCAAUGAAAUCGGCUUCAGAUUUGUCCGGAAAUGCAUCAAUGCAGUGGAGACAAAAGGAAUCACAACGGAAGGCGUGUAUCGGACGGUCGGCAGCAACAUCCAAGUUCAGAAACUCUUGAAUGCAUUCUUUGACCCCAAGUGCCCGGGGGAUGUGGACUUCCAAAAUGAUGACUGGGAUAUCAAGACCAUCACCAGCUCCUUGAAGUUCUACCUCAGGAACCUCUCCGAACCCGUCAUGACAUAUAAGCUGCACAAGGAAUUGGUCUCAGCUGCCAAGUCAGAGAACCUGGACUACAGGCUGGGCGCCAUCCAUUCUCUGGUCUAUAAACUCCCGGACAAGAACCAAGAAAUGUUGGAGCUGCUCAUCAGACAUCUGGUCCAUGUGUGUGAGCACAGCAAGGAGAACCUGAUGUCUCCAUCGAACAUGGGGGUGAUCUUUGGCCCCACUCUCCUACGGGCCCAGGAGGACACGGUGGCAGCCAUGAUGAAUAUUAAGUUCCAGAACAUCGUGGUGGAGAUCUUGAUAGAGCACUUCGACAAGAUAUAUUCUGGCCCCCCUGAGGACAACGCUGCUCCACCGGUGCCUCCUCCCCGGGUGGCCACGCGACGGCACAAGCCCAUCACCAUCUCCAAGCGCCCACUCCGAGAGAGACCCAUCUUCUUUGGAGGCUCUGUGGAGGACCACGCAGCGGAGAGCAACUGCGUCCUUACCCCUAACGGCGCGGUCAUCGCAAACUACACGGAAGCGCCCAAGCCUGUCCAACGCAGCUGGGCGCCUCCGCCCCGGCCGGCAGCAGAACCAGACCCUGGGAAGCCCAGUGGAGAAGGCAAACUGGAAUCGUGCCCGGAGCUGGACGUGGGAAAGCUGGUGUCCCGACUCCAAGAUGGCGGAACGAAACUGACCGCCAAAGCUGCAAAUGGGGUGGCGGCGCCCGUUCCUGGCUCUCUGAAGGCCUUCGGUCUCCAGACGAAGAGGCCGGCUCCCAGGCCUGGGAUUGGCUGCAAGGAGGGUGAGUGUGAAGGCUUAGUUAAAGCCCGAUCGCAUGGAGAGAAGCCAGUGAUCACGCGUCCCCCAGUGAGACCCCCAGACCCUCCCUGCAAGGUCCCCACCCCGCAGAAGACGGAGCCAAAGCCAGACCUCAUCAUGGGGGGAACCGAUGAGGUCUCUUCUUCCGUAGUGGCCUCCAGGACAAAGUUCUUUGAGACGGCUUCUUUCCGGAGAGGGAGCUCUUCGGCACCGCAAGGCAGAUCCCCGGGAGAUGAAGGCUGAGGAGCUAGAGGCUUCUCCGUGGCUGCCCCGGCUGGUUCCCGCAGUCUCUUUUGCUCCCCAGUGUUAUGUGGCCUGCUGUACAGAUCUGCUCGUGUCCCGGAUCCUGCCUUCUGAGCAGACCUCUGUGAAUAGCUUCUGCUGCAGCCAGAAUAGGCGCUAUACCUGUGGCGAGCGCGUUUCCAUCUUGCCA